UUACGUCAUCACGCAGGCAUCGCAGGGCCGUCAGUAGCAGUUAGCGGUUAGCGGUUAGCGGUGUGUUCUGACUAAUAACAGGUUCGGUGUCGGUUCCGGUGAGUUCCGGUGAGUUCCGGUGAGUUCCGGGCAGGUAGCUGACGUAGACAUGUACUACAGACUGAACGCAGUGACGCAGCGGCUCACCGGAGCUCCCGCCACCGUCUACAACCCGCAGGGUCUGCGUCCUGGUGUCCCAUCUGUCCGUCCUCCCCCCGUCUUUGUGUCUCCGACCAAGCUGGCAUCAGAAGCAGGAAGUCAGGUGGAGUACCUGGGAGCUAAUCGAGUGCCCGACCUGCAGAAAGUCUUCCAGAGGUCAGACGGGGUCCCGGUCCACCUUAAGAGGGGCCUGAUAGACAAGCUGCUGUACCGGACCACCAUGGGUCUGACGGUGGGGGGGGCACUCUACUGCCUCGUGGCGCUCUACAUCGCCGCCCAGCCCAGGAACAAGUGAAACUGCUGUGCUCUGAUUGGACGAGAGUUUUCUGACAGAUGGACAACGAGGCGUUCAGGGACAGUUCGUCACCAGAGAUCUGCAGAAAACAAACACUUUGUAUAGAAAAUAUUAUUUAGUGGAAAAUAAAGUUUAUUUUGUUGUAAAUGAA